AUGACUUGGCAAGAAUUUAAGGAGCCCUUUAUGAGAUACCAUUGUCCUCAGUCGGCUAUUGAUAAGAUUCAGGAGGAUUUCUUGCGCCUCCGACAGAAAAACGAGUCAAUAAAUGAAAUAUCAAAUACUUUCAUGGAUAAGAUGAAGUUCUGUGGGGAUUUUGUGAAGACUGAAAGAAUGAAGAUCAAUCGCUUUUACAGGGUAUUAAAGGCGGAAUUUAGGGAGUUCAUCACUCCCUCGAAAUGUGAGACCCUUGAUGAGCUUAUCAAUCUGGCACGGGAUAGGGAAAUUGAAAUUAAGAGGCAAGAAGAACGUGGUGAAAAGAGAUCAAGUGAAAAAGGUGCUAGUUCGAGUCCAUCUAAAAAAGGGAAGUAUCAAGAGCAAGGAAGGAAAGAUAAGUCGAAGGGUGGUAUUACUCCUUGCAAGAUUUGUGGAAAACUUCAUACCGGAGAGUGUCUGUUAGGCAAGAAGGGGUGCUACAAAUGUGGUAAGGAGGAACAUUCGUCUUAUCAAUGUCCAAAUAACCCGAAGACUUGUUUCAAUUGUUUCGAAAGGGGGUAG